CUCCAUACUUCUAUUUGUUCACACCGCUCCUGGAAGGAGAAGAGAGACCAAGAAAGCCUCCAUUUAAGACCAGAUGCGUGCCUUGGAAGCCAAUUUCUGUUCUUCUUCUUCUCCAUAUUUUCUCCACUCUGAGAAACUCUAGAUCUCUGAAUUUAUUUACUAGAUUGAUUUUUUUUUUCUUUUUCUUCUUUCAACAAUCUCGAACGAUUCACAGUGGAUUCAGAUCUGGAUAAUGCACCUCUGAACCGACAUUUUAAUAUUUUUCCUUACAUUUCAGUUUUCCAGUGGAGAAUUCUCAAAUCUCUUUCUGGUUUUUUUGAGCUUUUACUGGAUCUCUAUCUGGGCUCAUCUCUGUCACUUUUAAUUUUUUUUUCUUAAUCCUUUUAUGCAUUUCAUUACACGUUGUUGUUGCAUAAGGGAUCAGCUGAAGAAAGAGCAGGAAUUUCCGGAUUGUGUUUAGUCUAAUUUAGAUUGAUGUUGUUGUAGUUUCAUUGGAGGUGUUUAUUAGUGUGAUCGGCAAUUGUAAUUGUUUAGAGAGCUACUGAUACUUAUUCUCCUGUACCGUGUUUCGGAGGUUUAGUUUGCUUGUGCAGAGCAGAUUUUCAGUUGUGUUAAUCUGAAUAUUAUUGGAGGACGGCCGUGUAUCGAACGCUCGAUUCCUGCUCAAUUUGUGUAGUUUUUGCUGUUGGUGUUAGUACUUGAUUCUGUGUCGGUUUUAAGCUGUUUCUGGACAAAAGAGGAUAGAUCUUACAGUUAAGCUGCCUAAUUGUGCGUUAAUGGGAUCGAUAUAGUUGAGUUUCAUGGCAAUGCCAUCACGAAAUGUGGUGAUCCCUGAUAAAAUGCAGUUUCUGAGUGGCAGUGGCGGUGGCGGUGGCGGUGGUGGCAGUGGCGGAGAGGUCCACCCCAGACAGCAGUGGUUUCCGGAUGAGCGCGACGGAUUUAUCACCUGGUUACGGGGAGAAUUCGCGGCGGCGAAUGCCAUAAUUGAUUCUUUGUGUCACCAUUUGAGGUUCAUUGGUGAGCCUAACGAGUAUGAUUUUGUCAUUAACUGCAUUCAACAGCGCCGCUGCAACUGGAAUCCUGUUCUUCAUAUGCAACAGUAUUUCUCGGUUGCCGAAGUCAUGCUUGCAUUGCAACAGGCACAAUGGAGGAUACAACAGAGGCAAUUUGAUCAGAUGAUAGUCACGGAGAGGGAAUUUAAAAAACCUACAUCGUUCGGAGCUGGUACUAGACAGGGGUACAGGUCUGGUACUGUCAAGGAGAAUCACAUAUCUAGUUUGGAACCUCAUCGUCUUGAUGUGAAUGUUUCUGUUCAAUCGGUGAACCCGGAUUCAGAUAAAACUGAAGAAAAACCAGAAAAGAUUGAAGCUGUCAAACAGGGGGAAAAGGUCGGGAGACCAGAUGAAAAAGGUUCAGCCGAGGACAAAGAAGGAUCUGAUGGAAUUACAAGGUCUUAUGUAGAUAGCAGCUCAAAUGGUUCAACAAAUUCAGAAGGUAUGAAGAAUGAAAAUUCAGAACCAGGGGCAGUGGAUGGCAGCUGCACUUCUAACUCAAUAGGAUCCAGUGAUGCCCUUCAUAAGAGUGAUGCUGACAGAAUCUCAAACCAGGAUGAAAAACAGUAUUCCGCUUCUGUUCCAAAAACUUUUGUGGGUACCGAGAUAUUGGAUGGGAAGGCGGUUAAUGUUGUUGAAGGACUAAAGCUCUAUGAAGAACUAUUUGAUAGCUCGAAAAUUUCUAAGAUUGUUUCAUUGGCGAAUGAGUUGAGAGCUACUGGGAGGAGAGGACAGCUCCAAGGUCAGAUGUUUGUGGUCACAAAAAGACCAAUGAAGGGGCGUGGUAGAGAAAUUAUUCAACUGGGCCUCCCCAUUGCUGAUGCACCUCCAGAAGAUGAACAUAUGGGUGGCACCUCCAAAGAUCGGAAGGUGGAAGCUAUCCCAGGUCUUCUGCAGGAUGUUAUAGAUCACUUGGUUAGCUUGCAGGUUAUGAAUGUGAAGCCAGAUUCUUGCAUUGUGGAUUUCUAUAAUGAGGGGGAUCACUCGCAGCCCUUCAUGUCUCCACCUUGGUUUGGAAGGCCUGUUUGCAUUCUGUUUUUGACAGAAUGUGAAAUGGCUUUUGGCAGAGUAAUUGGAAUAGACCACCCAGGUGAAUAUAGAGGCUGUCUCAAGCUUUCUCUUACAGCAGGAUCUCUUCUCAUGAUGCAAGGUAGAAGUGCAGACUUUGCUAAAUACGCAAUCUCGGCUAUUCGCAAGCAGCGGAUACUCAUUACCUUUACAAAGUCUCAACCAAAGAGAACCAUGUCGAAUGAUAGUUUGCGUUUUUCCUCAUCUUCUGCAACGCGACCAUCAUCCCCUUGGGGCCCACCAGCUUCUAGGCCGCUAAAUCAUGUUCACCAUCCUACGGGUCCCAAGCAUUAUGGAGCUAUCCCAGCAACUGGGGUAUUGCCAGCUCCGCCCAUUCGCCCACAACACCUCCCACCUCCAAAUGGCAUGCAGCCUCUGUUUGUGCCAGCACCAGUGGCUCCAGCUGUGCCAUAUGCGGGCCCAGUUCCACUGCAGCCUGCUUCAGCUGGAUGGGCAGCUGUUCCUACGAGGCAUCCUCCACCUCGACUCCCAGUUCCUGGCACGGGAGUUUUCCUUCCCCCACCAGGCUCUGGCCAGCCUCCACCUCCUCAAGGAGCUCAACAGCAAACGCCAGUCAAUGCCACUGAAGUGAACUUUGCAGCGGAGAUGCCAUCUCCUCCUCCAGAGAACGAGAAUGGUUUGGAUAGAUCCAGUAGUAAUAGCAAUGCUUCUCCCAAAGGUAAAGUGGAGGGGAAAGUUCAGAGGCAGGAAUGCAAUGGAAACAUCGAAGGGAAUGGUGGUGGAUGGGUGAUGGGGAAGGAAGAACAACCAGAGAGUGGUCUUCAGAAGGUUGGAAACAAGCCGACAGGAGAAACUAAGUAGAGAGAGUGAGGCAGGCUGUAUUCUUUAAAACGCAUUUGCAGAGAAAAGGGUAGGCUGCAAACUGCAAAUGAGUUUGGGGCAAAUGUAAAAAGCGGCAGAAAGAAAAAGGAUUGGGCUGGGUUUUGAUUGGGAGCUUUUAAUGAUUUCCCCUUCUGGGGAAUUAGGGAGGGGCAUGAGAACUUUUAGUUCUCUGGAUUCCUCCUUGUUCCUCUUAUUUUUGGUACCUUAAGAAUGUCAUCAUCUUCUUAUAUGAACUUUUACACGCACAAGGAAUCCAUUCUCAAGUGAGCAGCA